CUGACCUUGACAGUGAAUUUUUGCAAACAUUAGAAACCGAACGUUUUUCUUGCAACAUAAAAAGAGGUAGAAUUUACAUUGAUAUUUAUUGAAGGUGAAGAUAUUGUUCAACGAUUAUACAAAAAGUAUUCUGAAUGUUGAGACUAAGAAUUCUGUCUUGUAGAUACUUGAAACAGCCAUAGAUAUUUAGUCAGGUCAAAAGACAAUACAAAUGUUACUGGUAGUAUAGGAAAUGAAACUGUACAAUAAUGUUAAUACCAUGACAGAUAUUCCUAGUUCUACUAAAGGUCUUCCAAUAAAUGGUUCUAUGGAUAAAAUGAAAAAAUUGCUAAGUCCUGGGACCCGAAAGAAAGUUUUCUCGAAUGUUAACCGCACAUUUGGUGUCCACUUGGAUGAUUUAUUAGCCAGAGAGGGAAAUAAAUACAAAGUACCUUUUGCUGUUAUGAAAAUUUGUGAAACUAUUGCUGAAAAAGGUUUGGAUCAAGAGGGUAUAUUUCGAGUCAGUGGAAGUUCCAAGAUUAUUGAAAAGUUAAGAGGAGAGUUUGAUAUCAGAGGUGAUGCUAAUCUAGAAGAAGAUGGUGACAUAGCAGCUGUUGCCGGCCUGCUGAAAUUAUUCCUGAGAGAACUACCAGUACCACUUGUACCUGAGAACAGGACUCAACAGUUUGUCUGUAUACAAGAUGCUUACCAGAAUGACAUAAAAGCUUGUUUGUACCAGUUAAAGCAGUGUUUACAUGAUAAUCUACCUAAGGAACAUUAUAACUUACUGAAGUAUUUGUCUGGUUUUCUGGUCACUGUAGCUAAACAUGAGAAACAGAACAAAAUGACUGCUAUGUCUCUUGCCAUUGUGUUUGGACCAAAUAUAUUUAGAUGUGCACAGGGAAUUGGUGGUUUGAGGGACCAAGGUGCUAUAAACCAAGUAGUGUACAAGUUCGUAGCUCACUACAAUAGUUUAUUCAGGGAUGAGAAUGAGGAUCCUCCCGAGUUACAUUGGCUCAGGAAAAACCAGAAAACACCUCCACCUCCUCGUCCUCCCCCACCUAAAGUUUAUAUUGAGGAUAAACCUGUACCAUCACCAAGGAAGAUUCGUCAUGAGAAUUAUGACAGUGUUCAUUACCAGGAUGGUGAUGAUAUUGAACAUAACGAUCACAGUGAAACAUCAUCAAGUCUGACUGUAGGAAGAGGAAAUAUCCAUAGUCCUAUGUUUAGUGAUGAUGAAAUCACAGGACGGGCUGCUUCUCCAUUCAUAUUGGACAGUGAUGGAGGAUACAGUAUAAUAGAAUCUCCAGUCCCAUCUGCCAGAACAUCCAAAGUUGUAGAACAUGCCAUAACCAAAGCCAUCACUAAUAAUUUGUUUGGAGAUGAAGAUGAUACAGAGGCUGAAGAUGAACACCAGAAAGAUCAUUCCCAUGAAGAAGCAAUAAAAUUGGAGCACUUAGAUGAUGGGACAAUUGAGACUGUGGAACCUGUGCCAAUCUUGGAUAGAAUCAAAGCUUUUCAGAAAGACCCAGAAAAAAUGGAAGUAGAUCCAGUUGUAAAACCGUUAAAGGCCAGGCCCGUGUCAAAAGCUUUUGAUUUAUUUGAAAGCAGAGGAAUUAUGAUAGCACAGGCUCCGACAGAUAUUACAGAUAUUCAGACUAGGAACACACAAGAAAAAGAAUCAGCAGAACAGAGAAUUUCAGAAUUUGUUUGUGAUGAUGAUGAUGAUGAUGAACAAGAUCCAUUUGAAGUUGUGAGAAGAAAUUCAACUGAACCCCUUCCAUCUUUCAAAAGGACUUCUGGACCUUUAAAUAGGAGAUCCCCAUCCAGGAAGUCAAGAGGAAGCUCUGGAGGUGAAGAAGAGGAAACUCCAAGUGACGAUGUACCAGUCCCUGUGAAGCACAAUAAAAUGUCAGAAGAUUUAGACCUUAUCAUGGAGGCACCAUCCAAUAACAACCAGGAAAAUGAGGACGAUGGCGAUAUGAAUCACAACCAUCCCAAACCAAGAGUUGCUUUCUUAGAACUAACCAAUAACAGAGAGGAGAUAGAAAAACGAGGUUCUCCAGAUAUGUCUCCUAGUAGAUCACCAAGUAACAGUCGUAAACCAUUCAUUCCUCCAUUAGAUUUGUCUACACUCCAUGAACAUGUGGACAGUACAGAUCCAAUUUUAGCUACUAAAGGACAUUCUGUCUCAUAUCUUCGUGCCAAAAACCAGGUGAAUGGGGAUGAUGUCAUGGUAUCUCCAAGGACCCAUAAAUUAAAGAAACACAAAACUAGCUGGACAGAAUUUGAAUAUGAUGAGGAGGGACCACUUUCACCAAGUGCUUGCCUCCCAAACAGUGUACAUAACAAUACAGAUUUUCCUCCGUCUCCACCAGUCGACCAAGACCAGUAUAGAAAACACAGUACAGGAAGUAUUGAUGAUGAUUUUUCAGUAAAACAUAAACAGAUUAUAAAGAAAAUACAAGCCAUUAAAAAGAAGAUAAAACAUUUUGAAGAAAGUUUUGAACAAGAGCAAGGAUUUAAGCCAUCUCAUGCAGACAAGAUCAGUAGAGUGGAAGUUAAGAAAUGGUUGGCUGAUUUAACCAAGGCCAAGAAAGAUCUCAGAAAACUGAAAGAGGAAGCUGAGAUGGGAAGUAGAAGUCGUCACGGUAGUGGUGCUUCAUCCAGCGGAGAAAGGAUGGAUCCUCCUGAUUUACCGCCAUCUAUGGAACAGACUCUAAUAUUAAUACUCAGAAAGUUAAAAGAAAAGAGAAGGGAAAACCAGAGACCUGAGGAUAUUGAAUUAAUGAAUAGAGAUCAGGUCCAGGAAGAAAAACUGGCAGUUCAGAAGGCAUUGCUACAUUUUGAGAGUAUACAUGGUAGACCUAAAUCAAAGGAAGAUAAAGAUUUGAUGAGACCUCUGUAUGAUAGAUAUCGACAGAUUAAACGUCUCAUUACCAAACCUAUGUCUCCCAGAGAGAAGAUGGAAUUACAAACAGUACCAGAAGAUGGUCCAAUAGAUCUGAUUGAUCCUGUAGGCUCAAAAUUUGUUUCUAGAAAUCCAAUUAUUUUGCCUCGUGUAGACAUGGAGGAAGACGAACAAAAUGAUGACAUUUUGGGUACAAUGGAAUUUGCUGUGACAAGAGACUUUUCUGUGUUACGUGAUAAUGGAAGGACUAAUGUUUUAGAUCACAAAAAUGGACAUUCUCCAAAAGUGAAACGAAAAUUGAAUAUUGAUGAAGAAUCGGAGGAAACAACAGAGGCUAAUCUUCAUGAAAUGAAUUUGUCACAACUGCAAGAUGAACUAUUACACUCAAGAUCAGAAAAGAAGAGAUUAAGAAGACUUCUUAGAAAUUUUGAGGAAGAUUUUAUAUUGAGGACGGGGCGAAAAGUACAGAGAGAUGAUAGAGAACCUCUACAGUCAGAAUAUCAUGAGUAUAAACAAAUCAAAGCCAAAUUAAAACUGCUGGAUGCACUCAUAUCAAAAUACCAACCCUCAUCAGAUUUAUAGCAUUACCUUUAACGCUAGUUGUAGUAGGAUUAAUGGCAUUAAUGUUCCAGUUACACGUGACACAAGUCUGUUAUGUACAAUUCAACACAAAGGAUACAAAUGUUAUAUUGGAAACUUUGAUGAUGAGAUUCUCAUUUGACCAAAGUCAUUUGUAAAAGUGUUCUCAUCUUGUUUACUCAGUGUUAGAAGUAUUAGUAUCGAUCAUUGUUGGAAACAUUUGUAAAUGCUAGUGACACAUUAUUAUCAGAUCUGUCAGAAUAGUGCACAUUUUGAUAUGAUAUCAGAGAUACAGAAAGACAUUAUAUAUAUAUAUCAACAUUGCUUUGAAAAAUAGCCAAGGAAGUUUUAUUUUGACGAGAUGUUUGUAUGAGUCGGCAAAUUGUUUACACUUAGCUGUGAUAUUGUAAUUUAAGGAAAAUAGUGUUUAAAGAAAGAAAUUUGUAGGCAUCGUAAUCUAUUCAGGCAAUAUCUAAUCUUUGGAUCCAUAUAUAUAUAUAUAUAUAUGUUAACAUUUUUAUUUACAUGUAAAAUGGUAUAUUUUUAUCAUUAGAUUUGUAGCAUCAUUAAGGAAGAGGAGAAAAUAGAUUCUUGUAUUUUUAUGCCAAAAAUAUUUUUGAAAUGUGGCUAUUUUUAUCAAGUUUUGUUUUAUCUUAACUUUGCAAUAGGUCUGUUUAUCUGCAGUGAAUGUUUACUAUAACGUUUUCCUGAGUCCACUUCAAACAUGAACAAAAAAAUCUGAGAAAAAUGUUUCAGUAAAUUAUGUAGCCUGUGUUUGAUGAAAUAUAAUCAAUAAUGUUGGGGAAUUUAUAUGAAGUUGAAAGAUACAGGGAAUCUUUUGGUAAGGUUGUUAAUGUGUUUAAAUGUAAUUUGAAAAAUGUAAUGGUGCUUUAUGUCAGAUGAAUAUGUAUCACACACCCACUAUAUAUCAUAGCCAGUACAUCAACAAGAUUUUAUUUUAUAAAAGGUGACGUGUAAGGAAAUAAGACCUUAGUGAUGUAUUUUUAAUUGAUUCCAUUUGGCCAAAAGAAUUAGUAAACAAGGGAAACUUAUUUAAUGAGAAUAUCUUUGUCUGCUUUAACAAUCAGGCACUGUAAUAAUUUCAUUAUUAUCCUUACAGAAGCAAUAUUUCUUCACUAUUGAACGUUUUUUUAAAUAUUAUUUAUGAAAUUUAAAGAUGUCUGCUGCUCUGUUUCAAAAUAACAACCUUUUUAACGGGUGCUAUAAAUAAUUAGAAUAUAAAUAACGGAAUUCAAAAAUCAGAAAAAAAUUAUAGGUCCGUAUUCUUGUUUUUGAGAUAUAAACCAAUGAAAAUUUGGCGGGAAAUGAUUCUCUCUAGAUUUUUCAUACAUUUAGCAUUGAUACCUUUUUUCUUUCAAAAACUAUGAAAAAAAUAACAAAGAUUUUAUAUGAUUUUCAAAAAUGACUUUUUAAAACUAUAUAACUAUAUGUAAUAAAACUAUGAAAAGGAAAGUGAGGAUUAGCGGGCACAUGUUUUUAUUGCACUAUAUGGAUAAAACCAGUGGAUUCCAAAUAUCUGACAAAAAGUUAAAAACAAGAGCAAUGAACAUCUUUAAGGCAAUGGUAAUAUGGGGUCCCCCUUUUUAAGAAAAAUAAUUGUAUUUUUCAAGUGCAUGAUAAUGUUGUAUAUGAUGAUCAUUAAGGGAUGCUGAUUGUUUAAGAUUGGUUAUUUUGGAGACAAAUGUGAUUGGGCACAAAUAAAAGUUAUUGUGUGAUAUGAAUUUGUUACAUGAAGGCUGUGAUUGUUUUGUUGUAGGCAGCUAAGAACUGUGUAUAACCCGUAUUUAAUCAAUUGUCAACUGCAUAUAAAAGAAAGAUUUUAGUUUGUAGUUUACAGAGUAUAUAAGCUUUAAUAUUCAUGUGUUAUAGCCAAACAAAGAUGCAGUUUGUGCCAAAAACCACUAGCCCUAGGACUAUGAAUAGUAUGCAUUUGCUUGAGCUAAUGGAAAAUUUUUAAAAAAUUUAUAAGAAAUAUAAAAGUGAUUUCUUGAAAAGAGCUUUCUGGCUAGUACAUAUUAAGGUUUUUGGGCACAGGCUGAAAAUGGUGUGAUUGGGUACUUAAAUGAAAGCACUUCUUACAUUGCACAACUAAAGGGAACAAAUAUUAGUGAAAACAAUAUAAUGCUUUUGAUUGUCUCUGUAACUUGUAAGGUUGUUUUUGUUUCUUUUGAUGUUAUUUUCUUUUGUAAAUGAAUUUAAACAUGCAAGAUGGGAUUUCAGAUUGAGAGAGAGUUAUCUGAAUAUGAUGUGUUGAUUUUUAAACUGCUAGUCAAAUAUAUGUACCAAGAAAAAGGAUAUCCUUUUAAACAACUGACAGAUUAACUAUUUAUUUAAUAAAUAUAGUGACUUAACCUAAGGUCAUUUGCUAAAAUGCAUAUAUAUAGUUACAAUUGAAUUGAAUUCCAUUUGAAAAUUAUUUCAUAUUGGGCCAUUACUUGUACACAGGUAAUAAAAAAUACUAGCAAAACAUCAUAAUGCAAACUUGACAUCGAAAAUGUAAGAAGGAGUGCCAUUUUAAUUGUCUUUAGUGUCUUGUGCCAUGUACCACACAACAAGGAAAUCUUAUGAUAUUUUUACAGCAGUAGAGUGUCACAUAUUGAUUUUUAAACUUUGGUGGGUAUUAUUUAGUGAUGGUAUAAGAAAACCAUGAAUUUAAAAAUAAAUUCUAGCAAAUAGAGUGUGAUAAAUUCUGUAUAUCAGUCGUUUUGAAGUCAAAUACUGCUGUGAAAAUGUUCAUUGAUUUCUGUUAUAAGGGAUCAAGUAAUGUUAGGAAUAGAGGAACAAAGAAUGAAUGCAGGUAUAUAUUAGUUGUCAUUUUCAUUUAAGAAUCAUGUAUGUAGACCAUUUCCAUUAAAGCUCAUACAUUUCAUUCCAAAGCUGAUGAGGUGAAUAAUUUAAGAAUAGGUUUUUUGUCUCUCACUAGCAUAAUUACCUGCUACAAAGAUGAAGUUUAUAUUUCAGUAUUUUAUUUCACAUCCGUCCAUAUUCUUGCUAUGUUUUUCAUUUCCGUAAUGUGUGUUCAAUAUAUUUUGAAAGCAAUUCAUUUUUUAAUAUUUGAAAUACUUUUCAUCUCAUAAAUGUAAAACAUUUUGAAAAGAUUAUUCAUUUCAUUAUUUUCUUUUCAUUAUGUUUGAGAAGUCCAUGCUUUUUUUUUUUUCUAUACCUGAAUUUUCAAUUUUCAUAAAUCAGAAAAUCAUCCAGAUGGUUGAGGAAAAAAGCAGGGUAUUUAAAUCAGGGAUUAGUAGACAAACAUAAUCCAUGGGUAGGCCAGUCUGCAAGGAAAUUUUUAUGCCCCACCUAGGGGCAUUAUGUUUUUCGGUCUGUGCGUCCGUUCGUCUGUCCGUUCAUCAGUCCGUCUGUCCUGCUUCAGGUUAAAGUUUUUGGUCAAGGUAGUUUUUGAUGAAGUUGAAGUCCAAUCAACUUGAAAUUUAGUAUACAUGUUCCCUAUGAUAUGAUCUUUCUAAUUUUAAUGCCAAAUUAGAGUUUUGACCCCAAUUUCACGGUUCACUGAACAUAGAAAAUGAUAGUGCGAGUGGGGCAUCUGUGUACUAUGGACACAUUCUUGUUUAUACAUGUGUUAAACAAAUUUUACAAUAAGCUUAGCAUAUUAGAUUGAGAUAUGAAAUUGCUUCACCAAGACCUAUUCUAUUGUAAAAUGAAAUACAAAGCACAAGUUUCCAUAAAUUUUUCAGCUACAUGUAAAAAGUAAUCUGCUUUCACUUUGCAAUGGACAAUUCCCAAACUUGUGAGGUCAUUGUUUGUGGUGGUCAUUGUUGGGUAUUUUACCAUGGCUUUAUUCGUUUGAUGUUACAGCAUGCCAUUUUAUAAUAUGAAAUAUGUUCAUGCCUUGCAAUUAACAGUGCUUGGCAGACCCAUCUUAAACAGGAAAACAUUUCAGUUUAUCCAAUAACUUUGUGAUAUCAAUAUUCUUUUUUCAGUUCAAAUAGCAUUGCAUCAAAAAAAAUAUGUUCAAAGAUUCAGCUGUUUAAAAUGUCUCUUAUUAUCCUGGAUUAAAUGUAAAGUAGAUGAAGGAAGGAGUAGCUGGUAUGUUGACAAUUGCCCUGGAUUAAAUGUUUAGUAGAUAAAGGAGUAGUUGGUAUGUUCACAAGUUAACUGCUUAUUAGCCAUGGAGUUUUUGUAAACUUAUUUUGAUUGUACAUGUAAUUGAUAAUUUGAUUGGAAGAAGAAAAGGGAACAUUAAAUUAUAGUGGACUAGAAUAAAGGGUAAUGUUUUCAUUAAAUGAGAGAAGAAGGGUAAUAGUACCUUAGUUCUAGAAAGGUUAUUCAUUUUAUUAUUUGAUUUUAAAGGCUAAAUCCAUUUAAGUUAUUACACUAGUUCAUUUUCAUUCAGAGUUUGCUGGUAUGUAGUCAGCAGGUGUCAUGAACUAUUUUUAUUAUUGUUGAUAUCAAAUAUAUAUGAUACAUAUUUGUAUAUAUUUAGUUUUUUGUUUUAUUUAUUUAUAAAAUUAGGGCAUAUGAGCAACGUAUGUUAAAGCAUAUAUUUUGUAUUAAAUUUUUAUCAUAAAACUGUUGUUGAAUGCAGUUUUCCAAGUUAAUUUAAGAUUUUUAUUUUGACAUUAAAUAGCACAAUUUUGUUUUUUCACAAGGAUUAUACUCUCUAUAACAAGGACAACCAGAGAUUAUUGUCUAUAAUAUAAAACAAUAUUCUUUUGUAAUUUUAUUCUGAAGACCGGUCAGAUUGAAUAAACUUUUACAGCAAACAUCUUUUCUAAUCAUUUGCAAAAUACAUUUCCUUUGAAGCCUGUGUGAAAUUUUUUUAUAAGUCAGAUGAGUCAUACAGGCUUCUGGUAUCCUUUGUUUGAUUCACAUUGUGGAUUCAUGGACUUAUAAAAUCUUAAAUGGCUUAACAUAUAGUUUUUGUAUUUGUAAUCAACAACAUUUUGUACCAGUAAACAGUAUAUUAUCAUUCCUAUUUGUCUUCAGAAUAGGCAAACUGUACCACAUGAAAAGACAGUAUUUCUAGUUUGUAUAUUUGUUACAGUGCUAGUUUGUAAUGAUAGCUUUACUUGUUUUAAAUGUUAUUUUGUUCUUCAUUUUGAAAAAAAAAAAUAUUUUCAUAAAGUUUUAUGCAAAAUAUGCUGUAAUAAUAAAUUGUUGCUAAAAA